CAAAAAUAAGAAAUAAAAAGAGACCAACGUAAACCUUUUUAUUCACUGUUCUCCCUCAGGCUUUUCCAUUUCAGUUUCUCCUUUGGUUCUCCCUUUUGGCUUUUGCCAGAAAAUGGGUCGUGCAAGAGUAACCUUAAAACAGAUCUCGAGUGAAAGAUGUCGCAAGACAACUUUGGCGCGAAGAAAGAGAGGACUGAUGAAGAAAAUGUGGGAAUUUUCGAAGAGGUGCGGUGGUGAGCAGUGUUUGAUUGUGUAUGAUGAUGAUGGUGAUGUUGAAGCAGUGACUUCGCCCCAAAACCCUAUAGAAAUACAUUCGAUGAUUCAAAAGUACUAUGAAACUCAAUUAAAGAAUGGGAGACCUCACAAGACUUACGGUAUUCAAGAGUUUUUUGAGAACAGAAAGAACAUGAUUGAAGCUGAGAUUUCCAAAGUUCAUAAAGAAAUCAGCAGCAUCAAGUACCCAACUUGGGAUCCAAGUUUCGUGAACAUGGAAGAGGAUGAAUUGAGGGCCUUCUGUGCUCAUGUGGAUGCCAAAAUUCAAGCCUGUGAUGAGGGAAUUAAAUUGUUGAAGAACAAGAAUGUACCCAAUCUGAUGCAGAAUUUCGAUGAAAAUAGUUAUUGUUGA